UGUUUGUGUGUACAGCCUAUAUAGCUAUAAUGAAGGCGGCGACCUGUGACCACGCGAAGAGACGACGUUGAUUCGCCUUGUCAUCGCAAGAAAAUUACUUUCUAUAGAUUGGGCAACCUGUUCACGAUGGCGGGCGGCGGAGAGCCCGUGGAGAUCACCGCACUGAACUCUACUCUUGGUCUCAUAACUGCGGCCGUAACGGUGGCAGGACCUCCGCAAUGGUUUGCCAACUGCCUCGUGGAAAAGGCGUUCAUUACUCGGCGAGACGCUCAGGACAUACUCGGUACACCUGGAAUGCCUCCUUCUCGACAAGCUGGCCUGCUGUUGGACAGUGUUUUUACUAAAAUACGAGCGUCAGAUGAGAGAGGACGCUGGUUUCUUGCAUUUGUUGGCAUAUUCUCUCGUGACCUGGUAUAUAAGGACCUGGUGGAGAAGUUA